AUAAAAAUGGCGUCACCGACCAAGGUCAGGAAGAGACAGUGGGGUAAAUGCAGAGAGAGCGAAAAGGUAUUAAUAUUGGAAAAUAUGGACUUGGAGAUACCAGAUCCAAUAGAUAAAGGUAUUGGAGACAAAAAGAAGGACGAGGGAGGCAAUAAAAGCAGUGAAAAAGGCCUUGAUCUACAGCAUCCUGAAAUGCUCUCUAAUCAAUCACUAACAGAGAUUUUGACAAAGUAUCAGAUACCAAUACCAGUUUAUUCUGAUGGACUUCCAAGCCGUGAGAGGCUCCUAUAUCUGUUUCGCAUUCAUGUUCAACCACGCCCACAAAGGUCACGGCAGAUGAGGCGAAAGAAGAGGUUAAGAACUCCACCCAAAGAGACCAGUGAUCUUACAAGUAUGGAAUGGUUGGAUGGGGGAGGGGACGAGACUGAUAUAACUAACAAAUGGGAGGAUAUAAAAUCCAAUAGGAAAAGAACACCUAAUGCUGAAGUAGUAGAUUUGCCAGCUACAAAGAAGCAGCUCAUUGAACCAGCAUCAUCUCCAGAUGUCACUACAAUAGCAAGAGCUGCAAGUUCACUUACAGCAGAGCCGCCACAAACAAAAGUCAAAAGAUUGUUAAAAAGGCCAGGAUCAUCAUUAAACACUUCCCUACAGAACAAGGCCUCAAAAACAACAAUAUAAACAAUAUUAUACAAUUAAUUUUAAUUUAUUUUAUAUGUGCAAAAAUUAAUUACUGGUGUUGUUGAUCAAUUGGUGAAGGAUGUAAUGACUCAUCUUCAUCAGUAUUUACAACUAAAAGUUCCUUUAUCUCUUCA